AUGGGAUAUGGCAAAAAUUGGAUCUCGAGGAACGAAAGUGAGCACGGGCCGUACCAGGCUGUCACCAGAGCUCUGGAGAUGAGGAAUGCCUCAACUGAGCACAUGGUGUGGCAGGGUGGCAAUGAUAGCGAGGCAGGCGCCCUGGAAAGCGAGGAGCACGGUGAAGAGCAGACCUACAGACAUUUCACCACCACGGUGCAAAUCGUCAUCUUUGUGGGCUCUUUGCUGGGUAACAUCAUCGUGCUGUGGUCCACCUGCAGAACAUCGGUACUUAAAUCUGUCACCAAGCGAUUCAUUAGGAACCUGGCCUGCUCGGGGCUGUGUGCCAGCCUGGUCUGCGUGCCUUUCGACAUCGCGCUCAGUGCCAGCCCACACUGCUGCUGGUGGCUCUAUACGAUGCUCUUCUGCAGAAUCGCCAAGUUUCUGCACAAGGUCUUCUGCUCAGUGACCAUCCUGAGUUUCCCAGUCAUUGCUCUUGACAGGUACUACUCUGUUUUAUACCCUCUGGAAAGAAAAAUAUCUGAUGCAAAAUCCCGAGACCUGGUUAUCUACAUCUGGGCCCAUGCCAUAGUGGCCAGCAUUCCAGUGUUUGCCGUGACCAACGUGUCCGAUAUUUAUGCCAUGUCCACGUGUUCUGAAUCUUGGAGUUACUCCCUUGGCCACCUGAUAUACGUCCUCGUCUAUAACAUCACCACUGUGAUUGUACCCGUGGCUGUGGUGUUUCUCUUCAUGAUUCUUAUCCGCAGGGCACUGAGUGCCAGCCAGAAGAAGAAGGUCAUCAUAGCUGCCUUAAGGACCCCUCAGAAUACAAUUUCCAUCCCCUAUGCCUCGCAGCGGGAAGCUGAGCUGCAUGCCAUGCUGCUUUCCAUGGUCAUGAUAUUCAUUUUCUGCAGCGUCCCCUACGUGACGUUGGUGAUUUACCGCACCAUACUCAACGUUUCCGAUAUUUCGGUCUUCUUGCUCCUCACUGCCUUUUGGUUGCCCAAGGUCUCUUUGCUGGCCAACCCGUUGUUAUUUUUAACUGUGAACAAGUCCGUACGGAAGUGCUUAGUGGGGACGCUAGUCCAGCUGCAUCAAAGGUACAGCAGGAGAAACGUUGUCAGCUUGGGUGGUGUUGCAGAUGAUAAUCUGGAGCCCAGUGUCCGUUCAGGGAGCCAACUUCUGGAGAUGUUUCAUAUCGGGCAACAACAAAUCUUCAAGCCAAUGGAAGAUGAGAAUGAGACCAAAUCCAUUUGCUCUGGUGACUUUCAACAGAAAGAAAUUCCUACCACUGGUGUACAGGUAGGAGAGACUUCAGUUCACACAUUUAUACCACAGACAAUUUCAGACUCUGCCGCUCAGGUGGCACCAGCUGUGCCCACAGAAGCUGAUAUGGUGAAUGACAAGUACUCCACGCAGUUUGGAUUUGGACCCUUUGAGCUGCCUCCACAGUGGCUUUCAGAAAACCGAAACAGUAAGAAGCGACUUCUGCCUCCUUUGGGGAAUACCCCUGAAGAGCUAAUACAGACAAAACAGCCUAAGUGUAAAGCAGAAAGAAAAAUUAGCAGAAACAAUAAAGUCAGUAUCUUUCCCAAGGUGGAUUCUUAG